UGGGUGGGAGGAUUUAUUUUUAGGUAUAAAGACACAAGUCACAAAAGGGCAAAUCCACCAGUUGCUGAACUGCUGAUCAACUCAACAUCACUGCUUGAUCAUCCUCCAGUCUGCAGAUGAGCACCACCAAGUUCCAGCAAAACCUCACAGACGAAUUUUGCUAUCCUGACAACAACAACUCAUGCACAAAGAAGUUUCAACGCGGCAGCGGCCACGUCUUCCUCUUCUUCUUCCUCUCAUGCAUCUCGGUGUCCACCGUGCUCCUGAACCUGCUGGUGAUCAUCUCUAUUUCCCACUUUAAACAGUUGCACACGCCAACCAAUCUGCUCAUCAUGUCUCUGGCGGUGGCCGACCUCCUUGUUGGACUCAUAGUGAUGCCUGUGAAUAUUCUGAACCUAAUAGACAGCUGCUGGUAUCUCGGGAAAACCAUGUGCGCACUUUAUCCUGUGCUUAAUUAUAUUUCCGUGUCGGCUUCGGCCGGAAGCCUGGUGUUCAUCGCGGUCGAUCGGUACAUCGCCGUCUCCAACCCUUUGUUUUAUUCCACCCGAAUGACAAUUUGUAAAACCUCCUUCUUCAUAAGUCUGACCUGGUCUUGUGCUAUUCUGUAUAACAUUUUAUUUUAUCUUUUCAACGGCCACCUGCUUCAUCCAGACAUGAUCAACAAAUGUGUCGGAGAGUGUGUGGUGGUUCAAACUCACGCCGCCUCGAUGAUUGACCUGUUCGUUUCCUUCAUCGGCCCUUGUUUCGCCAUGCUGUUUUUGUACCUGAGGAUUUUUAAAGUGGCGAGAUAUCAGGUCAGAUCUAUCAAUGCUUUGGAGUGUGACAAUGCACAUGGGCGUGGGGUCAAAAGUGUAAAAAACAAAGCUGUAAAAACCUUAGGCAUUGUUAUUUUUGUGUAUCUUUCUUGCUGGAUACCUUAUUAUUUGAAUUCCAUGUAUGUUCAAAGCCUGUCGUCCAUGUCACUGGUGUGGAUUGUGCUCAACUGGCUAAUAUACAUUAACUCCUCUGUAAACCCCCUGAUUUACGCCAUAUUUUACCCCUGGUUUAGAGCAUCUGUUAAGUUCAUUGUGACAUGUAGAAUAUUCCAGGCUUCUUCUUCCAAGUUUAAUCUGUUUCCAGAGCCUUUCUGAUGACAUAAUGUCGCCACAACGUCUGAGGUACAAGUAGAAAAUAUCACCCGAGUUAACAGAUUUUUUUCUCCCUCUGAUAUAAUUAUAAAAAUUGUGUUCUUAUUGGCGGAUAUUUCAUCUGUUAGGAUGAUAACGGUUAUUAAUUGCUACUGAAUGAAGUCAAUAUCCAUCCAAGACCUCAUUCUGUUUUAUUUUCCCUGACAGACUAACAACAGCUGUGCUGUUAUUGAACCGAUACAUUUCUGAAACAAUGAUCAAAAUUAUGUUAUUGUUUAAAAUGAUGAACAAAGUCAAUAUCCAUCCAACUUGUUUUUUUUUUUUUUUUCCUUCUAAUAGAGUUGCUGUUGAAAAAUUGUUGUUUUUUUUUCCCCCUGAUAGAAUUACAAAAAUGUUCUCAGGAUAAUGAAGGAAGAUUAUAUCCAUCUGAUUAAAAUACAUAUGAGACUUCAAUCUGAUCAUUUUUAAUUAGAAUUGCUUGUUUUAAUAUGCUGUUACGGGCUGCUAUCGAAUCCACCCAAGAUGUCUUUCUGACAAGCUUCUGCUUUUUUUUUCUUCUUUCUGUCAGACAAAUGAAAAAAAAAAAAAAAAGUGCUGUUUAUAAAUCGGAUGAAGUAAAUAUCCAUCCCACGGCUUUUCCUCCUCAUAGAAUAACAACAUGCUAUUGUGCUCUUAUUGGCUGAUUUUUUUUUUCUUUCUGACAGAAAUUGUAAAAUCGCUAAUUGUUCUUAUAUGAAAUCGCUGUGUGUUAGGAUUAGGAACGUACUGCGUUACCACUGAAAUGGACGAUUCAUGUGCAACAGGGCUUACAAAUAAAUAAAUAGAAUAAUAUGAAAUUAUUAUAAAUAUAUGAAAGUAAUGGGAUUAGUAAUCAUUUGUUUUACUUCCAUAUUUGUCAAGUCCAUGUAAUCCACACAAGCACACACACACACACACCAUAUUAUAUUCCAUUACCAUCAACCUCUAUAAUGUAAAACAACUAUCAAAUAUAAAAUAUAUUAAUAAGCAUUAAAAUAUAUUUAUAAUCAUGUGAUAUUUCAAAUAUUUAC